UUAUCAAUAUUUAUAUUUAGUAUUGAAAACUCCCUAUCGUACAUCGUUUUUGAUAAUGUGAUGAUUUCCAUACCUAUGCCCCGCCAUUAUAUAAGCCCGUGCCCUUCGAACUUUGGAUCUUGAAUUUUUGAUAAAAACUUCCCAAACCGCAAUCAAAUCAUAUUCUUCAAAUCGAAAACUACUACACCCCCCUUUUAUAGAUAACGAGAUGGAGGAUGACCGUGCACAAGUCGAUUUGGGGGUAGCUGUCGAUGUGGAAAAUAAUCUCGAAGAGCCGGUGGCACAACGCCAACCAAAGAAACGUUUCGUGGGAAGAAAGCAAGCUGCAGAAGCUGCUGCACGCAAUGGCAACAAUACAACUCCUGGGGACAGUGAUGCCAUUCAAGUUGCUACCCCAAGAAGAAUUCGAACAUUAAAUCAAGUUCCUUCCGAAAUUCUGAAUGACCCCGAUAUCAACGCUGCGAUCGCUCUCCUUCCGCCAAACUAUUCCUUCGAAAUUCACAAAACUAUACAUAGAAUAAGAAUGAAUGGAUCAAAGAAAGUUGCGCUGCAGAUGCCUGAAGGCCUACUGUUAUUUGCAACCACAAUUUCGGAUAUUCUCACACAAUUUUGUCCUGGAAUUGAGACGCUUAUAAUGGGAGAUGUUACAUACGGAGCCUGUUGUAUUGAUGAUUAUACCGCUCGAGCUUUAGGCUGUGACCUACUGGUGCAUUAUGCACAUUCAUGUUUGAUUCCCGUGGAUGUUACAAAGAUCAAAACUCUAUACGUUUUCGUCGAUAUCAGCAUAGAUACGGCACAUUUACUUGCAACUCUGGAGAAGAACUUUGCCUCAGGAAAGACCAUUGCCAUGGUAGGAACAAUUCAAUUCAAUGCGACAUUACACGGUGUUCGAGCACCGCUCGAGAAAGCGGGGUACAAUGUUCUCAUUCCGCAAAUUUCCCCUCUUAGCAAAGGCGAGAUCCUUGGAUGCACAUCUCCUCAACUAUCAACUGAUGGUGUCGAUAUUAUUCUUUAUCUUGGCGAUGGACGUUUUCAUCUUGAGAGUGCAAUGAUCCACAAUCCGACGAUACCAGCUUACCGAUACGAUCCCUAUUCUCGAAAACUCACUCGUGAAAGUUAUGACCACAAGGAAAUGCAUACUCUGAGAAGAGAUGCGAUUGAAACCGCGAAACCUGCAAAGAAGUGGGGACUUAUCUUAGGAUCUCUUGGUCGUCAAGGAAAUCCACACACCAUGAUAAUGAUUGAGAGAAAACUGGAAGAGCGAGGAAUCCCAUACAUCAACUUACUUUUGAGCGAGAUUUUCCCUGGAAAACUAGCUACGAUGAGCGAUGUCGAGUGUUGGGUACAGGUAGCAUGCCCAAGACUCAGUAUCGAUUGGGGAUAUGCUUUCCCCAGGCCUCUGCUCACGCCAUACGAAGCAUUGAUCGUAUUGGGCCAAAAAGAAGAUUGGGCAAAGAGCAACAAUGAUGUCUAUCCUAUGGAUUACUAUGGAAAGGAAGGUCUUGGCAGAACCAGGCCUAUCUCAAGUAUUCCAGUUGCUGGUUGAAAAUCCAUUUUUGCUGCCUACUCAGCUUUGUUCUCCCUCUUACUGUACGAUAUCAUACAGUUGGUCAAAUUGCCCUCAAUACUAUGUAACGCCCGGUGGAUUUGGUUCAUAUAUCUACCAAUAUGCCUCCAAUGACACUCUGGUGCCACGGCAAAUCCGCUAGACAGGAAUGGGCAAAUCAAUACUAUCGCGCUGGUUUGAGCUACCGCAACUGGUAUAUAGAUAAAAAUCCGAAGGCUCCAACACGAGGCGCAUUUCCCGACCAAAUUUCUCCGAGAGAGGUUCAAAGAAGCUGGGUCCGAAACAGUAGCCCUGAACUUCAGAACGCUAGUUACUUCGGCAAACAUCUCAUUGCAAUACCCCCAAGGUGGGUGAGAUUAAUCUACAAGAGAAAAUAAACUUGUUCCCAACUUGUUACUUCUAAAGAGACACCAAUUUCUUCCGCAAGAACAGUGCCUGCGCUAUUGAAUAUACUGCUAUCCAAUGACACUAUUACAGUUAACUACGAAAAUAAGAUAUUCAACAAUCUUCAUGUACGAGGCUCUCUCCUAGUUCAUCUUGACACCCAUAUUGGAUAUUCAGGUACAAUUUCCGAGUCGUUGCCCAAUUUUGCGGGUUUCUGGGGUCUUUUGGUGAACUCCAUAUUCCGAUAUCUGGAUCGAUGACUGGUUCAUUGGAGUGCACCUGGGACUGGGCUCAGACUUGGCGCUAUUGCCUUCAAGACUAGCUGCUGGCGUUGAAUUUUCGAGAUCGACAUCUCGCGGGCUGGCUGAGCAGGCCGAGGACAUGUUUGGACGUGGAUGUAUGGGGUUGCGAAAUAGCAUAUAGUUAGCAAUGAAGAUAGAAGAGGUAUUAUGCUAUAUGGUACAUUUCUUGAGAACUACCGACUUAAAACCUACCAGUCCAUAAAACUCGAUGUUGUUGAAAACGCGGCUAAAAAUAUGACAAGAACACAAAACCCAGAUACAAAAAUUCAAUCUCUUUCAAUAGGGUUUCUUUAUGUCUGCUAGUUCUCCCUUUUUGAAAUGAUACUCACAGUUUUAUCGACUCAUAAUUCGCGACACGGCGGCAGAUAUUUGUAAGGAAUUUUUUUGCAUCGGCUGUUGUACAACACGAGUGAACGAAUGAGGGUUAGGGUUGGGCCCGCUUUCAUUUAGGCAGGUGACUGAUUGGGUUGCUAAGAUGAUAUGUUGUUAGGCGGAGAAGAUAAUUCAUUCGCAGACUUGAAGAUUAUGCUGGUCUUCGUAUCUGGGGAUUGGCGGUGUGGCUAAAGUCUUCCUCCGAUGCGGAUUUUGAAUGGAAUAGUCAGGUAGGUAGCAUACGUUAUCAGAGAUGGUAUAGGAAGGAAUUCUGAAUGAUUUUAAGUCGAGGAUUUGCUUGCUUGAGCUGCGAGAGAUAGAGAUUGCUUCACAGAUGGAUUUCACGGUU